AUGGAUUAACAAAAUAUUAUUAGUGAAAUUGAACAAUGUUUUACAUCCUAAGAAGCUUAUGCAAAAGUAAAAAAAUUUAAAGAAACAUUCAAAGAAUCAUAAAGGUAUUUUAUCUCUUUAUUUCAGUCAAAUGUCUCCAAUUAUUUGUGAGGCAAUAUGUGCAACUAUGACAGAAGGCACUCCUAUGAGUAAAUUAUUAGCAUUAAGAGUAUUAUACAUUUAUUAAUAUUAGCUAUGUAAGGAAAUUAUGGAUUUAAAAUCUGAUUCAUUUAAUAAAUAAGUCAAUGAUAAAAUUCUUUCAAAAAUGAAAUAAAUUGCUAUCUUUAGAAAAAAUGAUCAAAGUGAUGUCAGAGGUAAAUUUCUCUUUUCUGAUAAUCCAUGUAUAUAUUGUUUAAUAAACAAGCAAAGGAAAUUGCAUCUAUUGGAAAUAGCUUAAUGAAACUAUGUCUAGAUUGCAUUAAAGUUUGGGCUCAUUGGUAUCCUUAGACUAAUUUUAAAAUUACCUAUGAUGAAUUAAUUCAAUAAGGUGUUGCAUUCCCACUUAAAUAUACUUAUUUCAAAGAAUAUAAUGAUAAUCCAUCCUCUUUAAAUUAAUCAUUAAUUCUAUCAUCCCAUUCAUCUAAAGAAUAAUCUUUAAAAUAAUCAAUCCCUAAUUUCAAAACCAAAUUAGAUGGAUAAUCAUUAUUAUAACAAAUUAACAUUGAAAUUGAAAAUCUUAUUAAUAUUGUUAACGAUUAAGAAUCAAAUGAAACUAUUAAUAAUUUGAAUAAAAUACUCAAAAAUAAUUUCGAACAAUUAAUUGCAUAAAUAGAGUAAGUUUUAAUUCAAAUUAUUGACUCUGGUGAAGAACAGAUUAUUGAUGAUUUACUUUCUAAGUAAGAAAUUCUAAGAUAAAUUAAAGAAGAUUAUGAUAAUUACAUUUUGCAUAAAAUUGAUUGGUCUUAUCUUCGUAACAAAUUUAAUAGAUUUAGUUCAAUUUCUUAAACACCUGAACCUCCUUAAACAAUUAUAUCUCUAUCCUAAAAAUAGUAAAUUAAUCAAUAACAAACUUAAUUAAGUUCAUAUCCUGUAAAAUCUAAAGCUGAUCAAACUUUAUCUAUUAUUCGAGAAGAAACUAUUCAAGAUGCUGAUUUCAUGGAAAAAUCAAAACAAAAAGAUUCAGAUAUUCUACAAAUUGACAAUAAAGUAAAUAAAUUCAGAAUAUUAGAUAUCCAAGAAUUAAUAGUCCCUUGUAUUAAAUUAACCUGAAAAUAUUAAGCCUGUUGAUUAACGAAUAAAAAUAGAAUAAAAUAAUAAUAAAGAAAAAUAAUAACAAAAAGCCAAUAAAAAAGAAAUAUAUAAAUCUUUAUCUGUUGAAAUCAAUGAUGAAAUCAAUUAAAAUUAAUUUUAAGCUACUAUUAUUAAAUAAACUAAUUAUACUGAUACUAAAUAAACAAAUUAGACAGAAAAAUAAUAACAUCUUAAAAAUUAAAAAAGUUUACCAAUACCCUAAGAACUUGAAUAAUAAUCUCCUAAAAUUUCAACCAUUUCAGCAUCAAACAACUAAUAAACAAAUAAAUUGAAUUCAAUAAUUUUCUAAAAUUAAGGUCGUAAUUUUCAAGGUUCAUAAUUAAAUUAAUAAGAAUAUGAUUCAAAAUCAAAUGAUGAUAAAGAAAGAUAAGAAACUUAAUUUAAUAAAAAUAGUUAAAAAGAUAUAAAAACUAGUUAAAUUGGAUAAUAAUAACAAUAGUAGUAAUAGUAGUAAUAAUAAUAAAAUUAAUAGUAAUAGUAAUAAUAAUAAUAUUAAUAGUAAUAGUAAUAAUAACAAUAACAAUAACAAUAACAAUAACAAUACUAAUAAUAAUAAUAAUAAUAAUAAUAAUAAUAAUAAUAAUAAUAAUAAUAAUAAUAAUAAUAAUAAUAAUAAUAAUAAUAAUAAUAAUAAUAAUAAUAAUAAUAAUAAUAAUAAUAAUAAUAAUAAUAAUAAUAAUAAUAAUAAUAAUAAUAAUAAUAAUAAUAAUAAUAAUAAUAAUAAUAAUAAUAAUAAUAAUAAUAAUAAUAAUAAUAAUAAUAAUAAUAAUAAUAAUAAUAAUAAUAAUAAUAAUAAUAAUAAUAAUAAUAAUAAUAAUAAUAAUAAUAAUAAUAAUAAUAAUAAUAAUAAUAAUAAUAAUAAUAAUAAUAAUAAUAAUAAUAAUAAUAAUAAUAAUAAUAAUAAUAAUAAUAAUAAUAAUAAUAAUAAUAAUAAUAAUAAUAAUAAUAAUAAUAAUAAUAAUAAUAAUAAUAAUAAUAAUAAUAAUAAUAAUAAUAAUAAUAAUAAUAAUAAUAAUAAUAAUAAUAAUAAUAAUAAUAAUAAUAAUAAUAAUAAUAAUAAUAAUAAUAAUAAUAAUAAUAAUAAUAAUAAUAAUAAUAAUAAUAAUAAUAAUAAUAAUAAUAAUAAUAAUAAUAAUAAUAAUAAUAAUAAUAAUAAUAAUAAUAAUAAUAAUAAUAACAAUAACAAUAGUAAUAACAAUAACAAUAGUAAUAAUAACAAUACUAAUAAUAAUAAUAAUAAUCAUUUGAUAAUACAAAAUAAAAUAAUUUUGAUUUAAAAGCAAAUCAAUUAAAAUAAUCAUUGAAAAUAGAAGGAAUGGAUUAGAUUUUUAGCUUUUCUUAAAAAUAAUAAGUCCUUAAUGAAAGAAAAGAUAUAAAUUUAAACUAACUUGAUCCUUAAGUUAAAUUAGAAGGUUAAAUAAAUUAAAUAUAAGAUACUUAUGUUAAGUAAAAGUAAACUUAAUAUAUGAAAAAUUUAAGAUAGGAUUAAAAUAUUAAUGACUCAAGGAUUUCUUAAUAAUCAUUAAGUUUAAGUUAAGUGUCAUAAAAAAGGAUGGAUUAAUCUUAAUAGUACAAAAGAAGUUCUUCAUAAAAGCGAGAACAUUAUAUCACAAAUGAUAAAAUUGAAUUAGAUUAUUUAAAAGAAGAAAAUUAAAAAUUAAAAUUAUAAAUAACAUAAAUCAUAGAAAAAUAUGAAAGCAAAUAAUAAUAAUAUUCUUAAGAGCUUUAAGAUAAAAUAAAUGAAAUCUCUAAUUUAAAAGAGAUUAUAUAUGAGAAAAGUGAUAAAUUUAGUAGUAAUAAUUAGCUAUUAAAAUAAUAAGAAGAAUUUUAAAAGCUGUAAUUAGAUUACUAAAAUCUUGAUUAUAAACAUAAUUAAUUACAAAAAUAGUAUGAUAAUUUAUUUCAGAAGAAUGAACAAAUGCAGAAAGAAAUGUCAUUAAAAUCAAAAUAAAUAGUUUUAUAAAGUAAAGAAAUAUCUGAAUUAAAGUAAAAUACGUAAUAAGAACUUGAAAUAAAAAAAAGAAGUGAAUCAGUUGGUUAAUACUCAAAAACUGCUUAAUAAUUCCAUCCGUAUAAUUCAAUUUUAAAAUAAAGUUAUUAUGAGGAACCUGUUUUGACUGAUAGCUAAAAAAGAAUAAUCUUUCCUUUUACAAAUCCUUAAGAUUAUUAUAGGGAUCGUUUAAGAAACAAUUAUAAAGGUUUAAUAUCUUCUACUUACUCAGAAUGGAACCACUUAAAUUUAGAUAAAUAAAAUAUUGGAUAUUUAAAAUAAUCAAUUUUAUGUAAUUAAUCGAUACUUUUUACAUGCAAAUAGUUAGAAAUAGGAUGCAAAUUAGAUAAAUUAAAUGAAAGAACAGCAAUUUUACAUUUAUUUUUUUUGAAUUCCAACAAGUUAUCAGGUUACAAGAUGGAUUUAAAUUUUUAAUUUGCAAGUGAAAUAUCAACUGGAAUUUAAAAGAGAUAGUCUAUGUAAUUAUAUUAAGAUUCAUCUGAAGAUUUAGUAAUUGAAUUUAAUAUCAAUCAAUUGCCUUUUGGAAUAUCUUUAUUGAAUAUUAAGCUAUAGGAAAAAAAGGUUAUCAAUUAUAUAUGUUAUUUACCAAUAUCAUUGAUUAGUUACUUAAAAUUUUUAAAUAUAUCUUUAAAAGAAUAUUAAUAAUAUUGGUAAAUAGCUAAAAACUGUUUAUUAAGAAGUGUUGAAUUUGAAUAUAAUUUUAAUUAUGUAAGCAGUAUAUUUAGUAAAUAAUUUUCGGUGAUUGAAUUGAAUAGUCAUAAAAAGAAAGAAUUUCUAGCUGGGAUUGAUGAAAUUAAAUAUGGCUCUAUCAUAUAGUGUGGAAGUUCUAUUUAUUUGAUUAGAUAUGUGCUAUAACCAAAUAAUAGGAUGAUAAUAUAGUUAUGUCAUUUGAAUGGAAAAUAGAACAUAUCAGAUUAUGUAUUAAACAAUUUAGUUUUUAUACUUUCUGUUUGA